AUGGCACAAUGGAACGUAGAAGACAUUGCCCAAGAGGUGGAGAGCUUGCAAACAAUAGUGGCCAUGAACAAAGGAUCCAAGGUGAAAGAAUCUAUGGUCAAGUCUUUAGUUGCCAAGCUCCAGGCAAUCGACUCAGUACCACCUUCAGCCUAUGUGAGGAUCAUGGAGUGCUUCAAUGAGUCUUCUUUACCAGAAGACAUGAAGAAGAGCUGUCAGAUGCUUUGGAAGAAGCUUGUGCAGAGACCCUUGGAGGGAUCUUUGAGGUUGCAGACUUGUCCCCAGUCUAUGACCACAGUCUACAACUACCUGUCCAAGCUAGAGUGGAGCAAGAUCCAGGACCUCACCUUCACAGAAGCUUGCUCUUUGAUGGUUUCUAGAAUGAAGAAAUGUGGCUUGAAGUCUAUGAAGGAGAAGACCAAAAAGCAUUGCGCUGCUUUCUUAGUACACCUUCAGGAGAAGCAGGGACACCAAGUUCCAACAGCUGGUGAGUUCUACAAAUUGGCAGAGACUGUCAAGGACUUCUUGCAGAAGGCAUAUGGGGAUGACCCACCAGCCAAGAUUCCACCAGAGGUUGCAGGUGCUGUGCUAUGUGUUGCUGGCAACAAAGGUGUGAGGACUUCACACAAAACUUUGACCACUGCAGGCAGCUCAAAGGCACCCUCACCUUGUCCAGACUUCACCCAGUUCAAAGGCUUGAUGAAUAUGAUGGAGGGGAUUGGCAGUAUGCUCUUGAAGGCAAAAGAGUUGGAUCGCUUUCACAUGGCACAGAAACAAAGCUUGGCAAAGACUUCAAGUUCUGAGAGCUUGACCCAUAAUGACUUUCAAUGCAGUCAAGCAACAACAACUUCUACACCUUUGCCUUUGACCAUGCCCCAAGAGCCUGAGAAGCCAGAGCCAGAAAAAGCUGAAAGUGGUGGUGGUGGUGCUUGCAAGGAGAAUGACAAGCAGGCAGAGAAGCCACUCAAGGGUUUGGAAGAAUAUGAGCAAGGAGCAUUUGAGCUUUUGAAUGGCAGGGCUCAGAACAAGAAAUGCAUGAGAAGGCCAUGUGCUUCCUCAGAGGUGCUCAGUGGGAAGAAUGCCAAGACUGAAGGCAAGAAAGAAAAGGGUCAGCAGACUCCAAAAGUGGAGCCACCAAAGAAAGUUCAAAAGCAACAGGGAUGGGGUUGCUUGAGAUGUAGAGGCAACAUCAAUGGAUGCAGCACUUGCUCCAAGGAAAGCUUUGGAGGGAUAAAAUUCUACAGCAGAGCUGAAUGGGUGCGAUACAGCCAAAAGAACCUUGCAAAAGGCAAGUGGCAACAUACUCUCUACAAGAGAG